UGCAAAGUAGGAGUGCCUCGAACGUCACUGUCCAGCGGCCGGGACCAUGGGAACCUUCAUAGGCCACGCCAUGCCCGGAACCUUCCUGUUCAUUAUGGGAAGUUGGUGGGCCUUUUUCGCUUGGCGCAACUACGUCCGCAGCAGGGAGCAAAAGCGGCCCUACGUCUGCCGUUGCUCGUACCCGAUACCCUGUCUAUCUCAGCGCUUCAGCUUCGAAGGCAUCGCCAAGAUUGUCACCUGCUCUGUGGGUAUAUCCGACGAGGUGGACGCGGGCAUAGAGUACGGCUACUUCGUUAAUAUGGCCUGCGCUCAGCACAUAUCCAUGUACCUUUUCUAUCUGCUCAGCGGUGUAGUCGACGUCAUGACCAGCGUCCGCUUCCCUUUCCCGCCGUACACCGACUACGUGGUGCUCCUGCUGGCCGUCACCGUCGAGGGCCUGCUGUUCCACUUCCACCUGCAUGGAAGAGACCAACUUGACGUUCUGGUCCACACGCUCCUGGUCUACACCAUUGCGGCCGAGGCGGCCUGCAUCCUCGUCGAGAUGUGUCGACCCCGAAGCGUGCUAGCAUCCCUGGGUCGCGCGUGCUUUUGCCUGUUACAGGCAACGUGGUUGUGGCAGAUCGGAUUCAUCCUUUACAGCCCGCUACCCGAACAUCCGCCAUGGGAUGUGCAUAGCCACUCGGACAUGAUGCUGGCCGCCAGCGUGUUCACCUGGCACAUCGUGGCUGUGCUGGCGUACCUCGGCGCUUUGGGCGCCGUGGCUUGGGCCGUAAACCGAACGUGCGGCAGGUGCUGCAAAGAUGCCUUCGCGGUGCUUCAAGACGACGAUGACCUCUGCCAAGCCCUUGUUAAAGAGUAGCCGAUGAAGUUUGCCGGCCGGGAGCUGUCCGCGGGUGACGGCGCGCCGAAGCUUAGCCACAGGGGUCAUUCUCCGCAUGGCAGCCAGUGGCUGUUUUAGAGCAGACGCUGUUUCGACGCUAGCGCCAAGGUCCCCUUCAGUUACGACCCUAACAGCAGGGCGACGCAGAAGCAAAAUGGCGGCACACACGAUUGUUUACGUUGUCAUAGCAAGAGAAACAGCAGCCGCGCGGUGCCUCCUUUCUCAAACGGUUUUCUUUUCUUUUUGUUUUUAUUAUGCCGACCCGCUCCGCUCCCUUUCCCCCAUGCCGCGCACGCCGCUUACUUUCUUUUUUGCUUUUACCUGUGCGCGGCGCGUUGUGUUUUCUUUUUUCUCAAUCGCGCGCGCUGCGCCGCGCAUUGGCAUUGCUAGCGAACUGGCGCGUGGUGCGCCUUGGGCUAUGCGUUGGCACGCACGCAGUCUUGCCCAUGCUUAUAUUAUACCAACAUGUACCGGGACAUAAAAAAAAAUUCCACUUCCAACACAACAGAUCUUUGGCCUCGCUUUAUUGACUUCGUUUCCGAAAACAUUUUUCUUAUAACGUGGUGUGAUACACGCUCAAAAAAUGAGCAAAAGUGAAAGGUGCAUGCCAUAUACAAGAGUACUAAACACAAAAGUUCACAGACGGUGAAAUAACAAAAAAGAAAGCGCUAGAAAACACGAAGGCCGUUUCAUGUACACACACGUAUAAAAAAAACAAGAUUUUUAUAUAAUGCUCUCAAGACCGAAAUGUAGACGAGCUUCUGAUAUAUGCACUAAAAGAUUGCACAAAACUGGACGACGUGUAUGACAAGUAGUUUUGACAAGUAUAGAAAGGGAAACCUCGCUGGUAAGGGCAAAGACAAUGACACGCAAAAUACCUAAAAAGUAGAACAAAAUGCUAACAUUAUUUGAUUGACAGACAUAGCAAAAAAGAGCUCACUUAUAAACCUGCACGAAACUAUAUGAAAUGCGUAACGUGUUCAUUACCACUGAGCAAAAUGAAAAAGACAUGGCAGAACAAAAAUCACAUUGUACUAAAAACUGAAAUACACAUUAUCACAUUAUUUUGCACUUGGCUACAACUUCAGUAACGGUGGCAAGGGGGAACAGAAGGCAGUCGGCUUUUGCAGCAGCACAUAGAAAACAUUCGCAGAAAGGCCUAUUCCUCAAUCAAAGACCAGGUAAAAUAAGCCAACAAAACGACUUUUCUUUCGCCCCGAAUGCUAUGCUUAGCAGUAAAAUUGCGUGACUUAAGUCGUACCUACUGGGCACUCCUUUGUAUAAUAAACACGAACUGCAAAAAUCUGCAUGUAGGACACUUGCAAUGCUCAUGCUUUCCAGAAGAAAAAAGAAAGCGUAUCAUGCCUACACAUGAAAGUUGUUCGCGCGGUUUUCCCAUCGGCGAUUGCUGAGAUAAUACACAAACACGAACAGUAAUUCUUCAGCUGUUAGUACGUUUGUAGAACGUGACACACAGAAAAAGCACUGAGGGCGGAAUGGAAAGGUGGGCAAGUUACUGAAGUUGCAGAAUGAGACUUGGCACAGAAAAA